AUGCAACUCCCCGAACCUCAUAAAAUCCAAUUCAUCAACAUCGCUCAUCCUGAGCAAAAUGCCUCUGCCAAUAAACGAGAGCGUAAGGCGGCCUACUCCCAUGCAUCGCGGGCAGCACAUGCAAGGGUCAGACGCCUGCGGACCAAGCAAUACCAGGCUGCCAAGCACCGAUAUUCGGCGGCGCCGGAAGAAGGAGAACAAAACAAUAAUCAAUAUUGCUUGCUGCCUGACGCGAAGGUGUCCGAGAGUGCGAAGUUGACCGCCCAACCGCGAAGCCUUUUCGGUCACCCGCCGGCGGGUCGAAGAGACCCAUUCGCCAGCUUAGCUGUGAUCCCUUUCCAGUCCGUCGACUACUUGUUGCUUGACCACUAUGUAACGACCGUCGUACCGUAUUUGAAAACUCACUGCAAGAAGCUCCAGGCCCGCAGUAGCCUUGUCGACGCAAUGAUAAUGGAUUGGGUUCAACUUGCACUCACUGAAAAGGGAUUUUUGAGCAGCAUUCUUCUCACAUCAAGCCGCCACCUUUCGUAUUGUUAUCGCCACAACUCGUUUAAGCAACAUAUCUUUUCGCAGCUGGCAAUUCGACACAAGUUAACUUGUGUCCAAACUAUAAGUGGUCGUAUCGCCAAUGUUGGAGAUAAAUCGCCUUUUAGUGAUUCGAUCGUGGCGCAGGUGAUGGUUCUGGCUUUAGAUGAAGUAAGCCUGGUAUUUACCGAUUUCCCAUACAUUGCUGACAGUGAUUCUUGA